AUGAAUGAAAUUUCUUUAAUAAAUACUGCUAAAAUUCGUUGGUUAAAAAGCUAAGAAAUUUUAUAAAUUCUUAAAGACCCUCCUAAAGGUUUGAUAGUUGAAAAAAUACCUACAAAGCCUUAAAAUGGGGACAUAUUUAUUCUUGAUUCUAAAAUAAUUAAGAGAAAAUGGAAAUAAGAUGGUUGGACAUACAUGCCAAGGAAAUAAGGAAUAGGAUUUCGUGAAGAUAAUGAAAAUCUUAGGAUAGGCGGCGAAAAUGCUAUUACAUGUUAUUACUCCUAUAUAAUUAACGGAUUGCUUGAAGGUGAAGAAAAGAUUAUUGUAAUGAACCGAAGAAUUUAUAAGCUUUUUCCAGAUGGCUAGUAUUUUUUUGUACAUUAUCUAAAGGAUACAGCGGGUGCAUCUAGUAAUUCAGUAAAAGAAACUUCUCUAUCUAUAUAAAGUAGCAGUGGGACAUCAAUUCAAAGCAAUUAAUAAUAGAUUCAAAGUAGUAACUCAGUAGAAACAGAUUAUUAAGAUAUCUAAAAAAAAAACUUGAACAUAAAUAAUUAAUUGGAAUCUUAAUUAAUUUAAGAGCAGUAAUAAUAGACAUAAAAUAACUAGGCUUCGAAAGAAGAGUUCUUAUAGUAAAAAAAAGAUUUUCUUUAAAGACAUUUAAGCAAUAACAAUAACAUAUUAAAUAGCACAACAAUAAGUGCAACAAGUGAUUUAGAGUGUUCAUCAAAAGAACAUCCGUUUCAUUUGAAUGAUUAUACAUUAUUCAAUUAAGAAGAAUCUUCUUACUAUUCUAAUUCAUCUCCAGUUUGCUCUACAAAUUAAAUUAUAAGUUAGAAAUUACAAGAGAACAAUGAAAGGUACCAGCUAUCAGGCAAUACUAAUAAAUCAUAAUUUAGUCUAUCAAAUUGCAAAUAUCCUGCAAACCAGCAGCAAAAAACAUAAUUAAUUUAACAACAAAAUAUAAAUUCGAGUGCUAUGGAAGAAGAAAAUGAUUAGAUUGUAAAAAAUUAAUUUGAAACAUAGUAAAAUAUGUAAAUUUAGAAUUAAAACCAACAACAAAAUAAAAAAAUUUAUUAACAAAAUAUACCUCUCAUAAAUUAAUGUAAGAAUAAUACUAACAACCCAUGUGAAUUUUAUAAUAUUUUAUCUUAAGAUGGCGAAUAUGAUUUAAAGUUGGAUAUUAAUAGUGAGGGUCAUUCAGCAAAUCAUUAAAUUCCUUUAAAUAUUAAUUAUACAAUAACAUAAUAAAUUUAACAAGCGUAGUAAAACAAUAAUUAUAAUGAUUUAGAAGAUUGGUAGCAUGAUUAAUAUAGCAAUACAAAUAAUUAACAAUAAUAUAAGGGAAACUAUGACUCUUAUUAAGGUAUUGAUAGGUCAAAUUAAAUCUAAAAUAGAAAUCAUGAGUUUUAACAGCUAGAUUUGGAAAGAAAUUUUGAUGAAAUGAUUCAAUAUGGUGAAGAAAAUUUUAGAAAUACUGAUAACAGCAUUUAGUAGAAUGUAUACGAAGAAAGUGAAUACAUAAAUAGAAAUACUAACUUGUAAAAUACUAACGGGGCAACAUUUAUAAAAAACUAUUAAACUAAUAUUUAUGAAUCAUAAAAAUAAAGUGGAUAGUUCCCUAGCAAUUCUACCAUGCAGUCGCAUAUUAACUAAUAAAAUAACUCAUUCUAAAUUAAUUAGGAAAAUUAAGUAUUCUAGAAAGGUAAUCAUUAAAAACAAUCAUAAAUUCAUUCAAGAUAAUUCAAUUAAAUUUAGUUGUAAUAGCAACAACAAAUUUAAAAAGAUAAUCCAAUUAAAAGUAGCAAUACUAAUCAAUUAUUAAAUUAUUUAAACAAAGAUACAGUCAGCAAUUAAUUUACUAAUCCUCCCUCUUACUCAAAACUUCAGGAAAGAAUAAUUGAACUUGAGGAAAGACUUUAAAAGUUAGAAUUUGGAAAUAUAAGAUAGUAAACUGACUAAAAUUUGAUUGAAAGCAUGACUUAUCCAUAAAAUUAGGCAGAUAAUAAUCAUUUAGGUAUUUUUAAUAAUGCUUAAAAUAUAAAUGUUUAAAAUGAAAAUAAUUAAAAAUUCAAAAAUUUAAACUAUGAAGUUAAGAAUCAAAGUAUUUUUAUUCCAAAUUAAAAUUAAAAGUUAUUUAUUUAGGAAUAGUAAUUACCAUAAUUAAAUUUAGAUAGCUAGAAUUAAUUGGACCUCAAUUAAAAGAUCUUAAGCCAAAAAAAAUAAUAAAAUACAUUUUACAACAAUCACAAAGAUGUUAUCUAAUAACCUGAUGAAAAUAUAUAAAUAAACUAAAAUGUAAUAUGCCAGAUUCCAUAAAUUGAAAAAAAAUAAUAAUUUGAUCAAAAUUUUAUUCAAAAUACCUAUAAUUAAAAUACUAAUAAUAAUAAUAAUUCUUACAAUUUAAACAAUAAAAAUAACAGUAAUUCUUAUAAUUCAAAUAGUAGUAAUAGCAAUUCAUUUAAUUAAAAUAACAACAAUUCUUAUAAUCAAAAUAACAAUACCAGUAAUCAUUAUAAUUAAAACAAUAAUAGUUAAUAUAAUUAAAAUAAUAAUAGUUAAUAUAAUUAAAAUAAUAAUAAUAAUAAUUGCAAUUAAAAUAAUAAUAUUCCUUACAAUUUAAAUAGCAGUACAAGCUAUAAUUAAAGUAGCACUAAUGUUUGCAAUUAAAAUAAUAAUAAUAAUAAUAAUAAUACCUAUAAUGAAAACUAGAUUCAAGAAGAAGGGCAGAAAUAAAUAACUAAUAGCUCUAAAAAAAAUUAGCAAAAUUCAAACACUAAUUAAUAAAAUGAGAAUCGCAGAGUUCCUAUAAAAGUGACUGAAUAUUCUCCUGAAUGGGAUUAUACAAAAGGAGGAAGUAAGAUGGUUUUGUGUUUUCUUCCUGCUUUAAGCAAUUUGAGUGAAUAUUAAAUGAGCUAAUUUUAAAUUGGAUUUGGAAGUGAAAAAGUGCCUGCUUACUGUAUCCAGCCAGGUGUCUUGAAGUGUUUUGUCCCACCACAUGAAAAAGGAAUCGUCAAACUUUAAAUAUACUUGGAGGAUCAGAGAAUAGAUUGCAUUGAUGAUAAACCAUCAUACUUUGAAUUUAGAAACUAAGAUAAAAAGAAAAAGAAGUAAAUAUCAAAGAAAGUAAUCUUCAACUAAGACGAUGAGUUUUAUAAAAAUGAGUUUAAGGUUAGAAUAAUAGAUAAGCUGAAUAGCAUUUAAGAUUUUAUAAGUCAAUCUUCAAAUUCUAAAUCUAAUUAAGCAGGAUUUUCUAACCAUGUUCAAAUUGAUUUCGUUUAGUAAGAUGGCGAUUCAAAAUAGAAAAGGAAAGAUUUAUAGGCCAUUCUUGAGAGCUUAAGAGAUAGUCUUGAUAAUUUAAAUAACUAGAAUUUUAAUACCUUACUAACUAAUAUUUUAAGUAUUGCAGAAGGUAAUUUAAAAAAAAAUUAAAUUAAAAAAUGGAUCGAUUAAGUAGACGACAAUGGAUACGGGUUAAUUCACUAUGUCGUAAUUCUUGGGUUCGAUAGCUCUUUUAAUAUAUUAAAAGAAUUCGACUGCAAUUUAAAUUUGCAAUCAAAAAAUAAAAUUACUCCUUUAUAACUUGCAUUUGCUCUAAAUUAAGAAAAAAUUGUUGAGAUUUUAAUCAAAAGCGGAGCACUUGGAGAAAAUCUCAAUUAAUAAUUGCAAGGUGGUUAAAUUAAAGGAGAUAUUCAAUAAAUUAGUAGCUUACUGAAUCUUGGUACUAUAUAUUAGAGUAGAAAUAUAUUAGAUAUGUUGGUCAGAGAAGUUACUUUACAUGAUUCGAUUAAUAACAGCAGUCUAAAUGACCAUAUUAGCUGGAAUGAUUAAGAUGAAUAGGAAGAUAAUUACCUAGAUAUUAAAGAUUUAUGUGAACCAUCUAACGAAAAUGAUUUAAUUAAAAAUCUGAAUGCAAUCUCUCAUUAACUUAAGGAUUUAAAUAAAAAAAAGGAAAGAGUUUUAAAAAAGAAAAAUAAUAUGAACAAUUAAGAAGGUGAGUUCUUUUCGCUUACUGAAUUGGAAAAAAGUGAGUCUUACUUAGAGGAAGAUGAAGAAGAAGACUAUGAUGUAGAUGACUAUGAUGAUGAAGAUGAUGAAGAAGAAGAAGAUGAUGAUGACGAUGAAGAUGAAUACUCCAAAGUUUUUAGACCUUUAGAAUAAAAUAAGUUAUUAUCACAAGAUAAUUUAGAUAAGGCAAAUAAGAAACAUAAAUACUUGCGAAAUUAUUCUGAAGUAAAUAAAGCCUAUAAGGAUAAACAAAGAGAUGCAACAGAAUUUGAUGAAAAAGACGAAUAACUUUAUAUGAGUUAAAACUACUAAUGUAGAAUUAAGACUAUUUAAAAAAAUGUCAGAGGUUGGCUUCUUAGAAGAUAAUAUUUAGAUAUAAAAUAUGCUACCCGCGUUCUAUAAAAUUAUAUAAGGUAAAAGAUAGCUAAAAAACACAUUAAACCAGAAUGUAAAAAUAUGAUAAAAAAUAAAUUAAUAGAUUGGUUAAGUAUAAAGCACUGA